AUGUUAAUAUAUCGCAGUGUCAGGAAAAAAGACUUUCCCAAAAAUCAAAUUUGUGGCUUUUAAAAUAUUCAGAGAAUAGCAGGAUGAAAGCUUUCGUGUUUAUCGCACACAUACUGAUCAUUGUCACCUUGGUCUAUGGUAUUGACAUCGAACAACUACAUAAAUUUUAUUCAACAGUUGCAAUAUGUACCGAUCAGUUGCACUUACCCAGGAACGUACCCAAUCCUCAAAUCGUAGAAUGUCUGUUAAAUCAAUAUCACUUGCUAGACGAAAUGGGCGUCUUGAAAAUGUAUGAGGCAAAACAAAAUUUAAAUCAUCUCGUCUCUGAUCCGUCUACAUUGGCGCAAGCGCAACAGAGACUUGAAUUUUGUUCCAAUUAUGGCACAGUAGGAGGGUACCCAUAUGAAAGAAUAAUGAGACUCAGUGGAUGCUUAGUGCCAAUAGUCGAGUUUGUAGACAAGCUGUAGAAAAAGAGAUAUAUAAAAUAUCUAUCUAUA